CUGGCUCCCGCUCACACUAACGAACUGAUUCCAACUAACCGGUAACCACUUAGUGACGUCAGAUUGAACGGAAUCGGUUGUAGGUCAAGAAGACAGAACUGGAGCACGCGCGGCGCGUGGUCGUUGAACGACAUAAAAGGGCGCGUGGCAGUGCGCAGCCGCCGUACGCCUAAGCGGUCGCUUGGUUUUUGCUUAGCGCAGUUCGGCUCAGCCCGGUUCCGUGUGUGACGGACAGCUCGCGCGUGACUGGAGCGUGAACCAGGAGGCCGGGGCGAGCCAACCAGCCGAGCAGCUCGCGCGCGCACAGCUAGCCGCUCCAGCUUCAGAGAUGGUCACGUCCGCACCGGGGGUCCUGCUGCCGGUGCUCCUGGCGGUUCUGCUGUGCCUGCACCACCGCGGUCACGUCCACGCUACAAAGACAGAAUGUGAAACCAAUCAGUUUCAGUGUGGAAAUGGCCGCUGCAUCCCAUCUAUAUGGCAGUGUGACGGAGAGGACGACUGCACGGAUGGCAGCGACGAAAAAUCAUGUGUUAAGAAGACCUGCGCCGAGGUGGACUUUGUGUGUCGGAACGGUCAGUGUGUCCCAAAGCGGUGGCAUUGUGAUGGAGAGCCAGACUGUGAAGAUGGAUCUGACGAGAGCUUGGAAAUCUGUCGUAACAUCACCUGUUCCCCCAGCGAGUUCACCUGCACCAGUGGCCGCUGCAUUUCCCAGAACUUUGUGUGUAACAGUGAGGAUGACUGUGGCGAUGGCUCGGAUGAGGUGGACUGUGCGCCGUCCUCCUGCGGACCCAGCGAGUUCCAGUGUGGAAACUCGUCCUGUAUCCCUGCCAGCUGGGUGUGUGACGAUGACGUGGACUGUCAGGAUCAGUCCGAUGAGUCUCCGACUCGGUGUGGCCGUCACCCAACACCUCCUGCCAAAUGCUCCUCCAGUGAAAUGCAGUGCCUGUCUGGAGAAUGCAUCCACAAAAAGUGGCGAUGUGACGGAGAUCCUGACUGCAAGGAUGGCAGCGAUGAAGCAAACUGUCCUGUACGUACCUGUGGGCCGGACCAGUUCAAAUGUGACGAUGGAAGCUGCAUCCCGGGCAGCAGGCAGUGCAACGGCUUGAGAGACUGCACUGAUGGUUCUGAUGAAGUCGACUGCAAGAACUUGUCUGAGUGUACCGGUCCAGAGAAAUUCAAGUGCCGCAGUGGGGAAUGCAUAGAUAUGAGCAAAGUGUGCAACAAAGUCCGGGACUGUCCUGACUGGAGCGAUGAGCCCAUUAAGGAAUGCAAUCUGAAUGAGUGUCUGCUGAACAACGGGGGCUGCUCUCAUAUCUGCAAAGACAUGGUGAUCGGCUUUGAGUGUGGCUGCACACCUGGACUCCAGCUCAUUGACCACAAGACCUGUGGAGACAUCAAUGAGUGCAUGAAUCCUGGCAUUUGCAGCCAGAUAUGCAUCAACCUGAAGGGAGGGUACAAGUGUGAGUGCCACAACGGCUACCAGAUGGAUCCAACUACCGGCGUCUGCAAGGCUGUGGGUAAAGAGCCCUGCCUGAUCUUCACAAACCGCCGUGAUAUUCGUCGUCUGGGUCUGGAGAGGAAAGAGUACACUCAGAUUGUGAAGCAGCAGAGGAACGCCGUGGCUUUAGAUGCAGACUUUAACCAGCAGACCAUCUUCUGGGCCGAUCUUGGUCAAAAGGCCAUAUUCAGCACUGUCCUAGAUAAACGUGGAGAUGUUGAGACGCACAAGACGGUGAUAGAAAACAUCCAAACUCCUGUGGGAAUUGCAGUAGACUGGAUUUACAGGAACUUUUACUGGACCGACCUGGGGACCAAAACCAUUUCUGUCAGCAAUUUUAAUGGAACCAAACAGAAAGUUCUGUUCAACCAAGGCCUGAUUGAACCCGCUUCCAUUGCUGUGGAUCCACUGUCUGGGUUCCUGUACUGGUCUGACUGGGGGGAGCCAGCCAAGAUUGAGAAGUCCGGCAUGAACGGAGUCGACAGACAGGUUCUGGUGGAGACUGACAUCCAAUGGCCCAAUGGAAUCACUCUGGAUCUGAUCAAAGGCAGGUUGUACUGGGUGGACUCCAAGCUGCACAUGCUCUGCAGUGUUGACCUGAAUGGAGACAACAGGAAGAAGGUGCUCCAGUCUGCAGAGUACCUGGCUCAUCCCUUUGCUCUCACAGUUUUUGAGGACCGAGUUUUCUGGACUGAUGGAGAAAACGAGGCAAUCUAUGGUGCAAACAAGUUCUCAGGAUCUGAUGUGGUGACACUAGCCAGCAAUCUGAAUGACCCUCAGGACAUCAUCGUGUACCACGAGCUGAUUCAGUUAUCUGGUACCAACUGGUGCACAGAAAGGGGGGUAAAUGGAGGCUGCGGCUUCAUGUGUCUACCUGCACCACAGGUCAACAAACACUCUCCCAAAUACACCUGUGUGUGUCCGGAGGGACAGGAGCUGGCGGCUGAUGGCUUCCGCUGCAGACCAGAGGCUAACGUGAGCACGUCCAUCCAGGUGGAUUCCACUGCCAGAGGGUCUGCUGGCGCCUGGGCCAUCCUGCCCGUCUUGCUGCUGGCCAUGGCUGGAGCUGGAGGUUACCUGAUGUGGAGGAACUGGCAGCUCAGGAACCAGAAGAGCAUGAACUUUGACAACCCGGUCUACCUGAAGACCACAGAAGAAGACCUCAACAUUGAUAUAACCCGGCAUGGCGCUAACGUGGGCCACACUUACCCUGCGAUUUCCAUCGUCAGCACAGAAGACGACUCGUCCUGAUCCACGGCGGCUUGAUUUCAUCCCUCCUUCAAUCCAGCCCAUGGUGUCACAUGACACCUGCUUGUUACCGUGCCAACAGUUGUCUGUAGCAGCAACAGCCCUUACAGUCCGACCACAUGCCUUCUGAGGAGCAGAGAAGAGGAAAUGAGUCCUCCAGAGUGUCUGAAGUUCUUUUCCAGAGAAUCAGUGUUUAGUUUCCUCAGACGGGCUCUGCACUGACAGCUAGAGGACGCCGUCUCCACGCCGUCUGCUGGGCAGGGCUCAGAGUUCUCAGGACCGUCCUCAUGCGGGGCAGAGCUGAGGCUUAAACUGGGAACCUUGGCUCUGUCUUCCAUCACAGAUGGAAGUCUUUCUGUCUGCUCAUGCUUGAAUUUUUGUUUUCUUUCCUGCAGCACCACCUCCUGGUGUGCUGGUUCUUCAUCUUGGUCGUCACUCCUCUGCAGCGUUUGUAAGAAGUGUAAAUAUUUCUCCUCCAGAGACUGGACUGUCGAUCAGGACUCCUCGAUGCACUUUGAUCAAUGUUCCUUGUGUAAAUAAGAUUGUAUACAUCGACUUGAAAUCAAUUUUUUGCUAUGGCUGGGUACCUCAGAUCUGAUGUAUUUAAGAGGAAAGGAUGAACUGAAUUUGCUAAAACUAUUUUGUAUGUUUGUGUGCUGUUGCUGUGAACUUUUUAUAGCCUUGUACAGUGAAGGAUCACUGAAGAUUUGAUGCUCUGUAUCUGUGAAGACUGAUCCACAAAUCACUUUGGAAUUAAAUAAUUCAGUAAUGUUCAGAAUAA